AUGGCCCCGCCGGCGGGCGGUGGGGCGGCGGCGGCGGCGGGCUCGGCGGCAGUACUCCUGGCGGUGCACGCCGCCGUGAGGCCACUGGGCGCCGGUCCGGACGCCGAGGCACAGCUGCGGAGGCUGCAGCUGAGCGCAGACCCCGAGCGACCCGGGCGCUUCCGGCUGGAGCUGCUGAGCGCGGGGCCCGGAACGGUCAGCUUGGAGUGGCCCUUGGAGUCAGUCUCCUACACGGUCCGAGGCCCCAACCUGCAUGAGAUGCAGCCUCCACCAGGAGGGCCUGGGGCCCUCAGCCUGCACUUCCCCAACCCUCAGGAAGCUCAGCGGUGGGCAGCACUGGUCCGAGGUGCCACUGCGGAGGGACAGAAUGGCAGCGGCAGCGGCAGCCCACCCCCAGCCUUAGGCCCAGAGACCUGCCCUGUUUCCCCUCCGAGUCCUCCUGAAGCCCCUACCCCCAUAGGCCUCCAACCUGAGGCAGAUCCUCCCUGGAGCCCUGGGAACUCUAUGGAGAAAGAAGAGCUGGCUGGGCGCCUGGCCCGGGCCAUUGCAGAUGGGGAUGAGAAGGGUGCAGCUGAAGGGGCGGCCGUCCUGGCCCAGCGUCAGGUGGCCCUCAGCAUCCGACUCCAGGAGGCCUGCUUCCCGCCUGGGCCCAUCAGGUUACAGGUCACGGUUGAAGAUGCCGCAUCCUCUGCCCAUAUUGCACUGCAGGUCCAUCCCCACUGCACUGUUGCCGCCCUGCAGGAGCAGGUGUUCUCCGAGUUCGGCUUCCCGCCGGCCGUGCAGCGCUGGGUUGUUGGGCGGUGCCUGUGUGUGCCCGAGCGCAGCCUCGCUUCCUAUGGGGUGCGGCAUGACGGGGACCCCGCUUUCCUCUACCUGCUCUCGUCCCCACGAGAAACCCCAGCCCCACCCUGCUCUACAACAGGAUUUCGCCCUCAGCGACCCCAGAAGACGGAUGGUGAGCUAGGCCGCCUGUUUCCCCAGUCACAGGGGCUGCCUCGAGCCCCCCAGCCUGCCAGCACCAGCCCCCCCAGUCCUCUGCAGCCCGGCUGGUCCUGCCCUUCCUGCACCUUCAUCAACGCCCUGAGCCGACCUGGCUGUGAGAUGUGUAGCACCCAGAGGCCCUCCACGCGGGACUCCCUUCCCGCAGCCGCCACCCAGCAGCCACCAAAGGUACCAGAGGCAGAGGCGGGGGAGGGGAGGGCAGCACACCAGAACCAGCAGGCAUGACCCCUGCCUCCCUGCAGGUCAC